AUGGAGGCUGGAGAGGGAAAAGAACGCUUUCUGAAACAAAGGCAAGUCUUGAUAUUCUUUGUUUUGCUGGGCAUAGCUCAGGCCGCUUCCGAGCCUAGGCGCUACUCAGUGGCUGAGGAAAUGGAGAGUGGCUCCUUUGUGGCCAAUUUGUUAAAAGACCUGGGGCUGGAGGUAAAUGAGCUAGCUGCACGGGGGGCUCGCGUCAUUUCCAAAGGGAAAAAAACUCGUUUGCAUUUUGAUAGACAGACAGGGGACUUGUUGUUAAAUGAGAAACUGGAUCGGGAGGAGCUGUGCGGCCUUGCCGAGCCAUGCGUGCUACCUUUCCAGGUGUUAUUGGAAAAUCCCCUGCAGUUUUUUCAGGCUGAGCUACGGAUUAGAGAUAUAAAUGAUCAUUCCCCGGUGUUCCUAGACAAAGAAAUAAUUUUGAAAAUUUCAGAAAGUAUCACUCCCGGAGCUACUUUCCUAAUAGAACGUGCCCAGGACUUAGAUGUAGGAAGCAACAGUCUCCAGAGUUACACAGUCAGCCCCAAUUCCUAUUUCCAUCUUAAAUUACAAGACAGUCCCGACGGCGUAUUACCACAGUUGGUGCUGGACAAAGCACUGGAUCGAGAGCAACAGGCUGAGAUCAGGUUAACUCUCACAGCGCUGGAUGGCGGGACUCCACCCAGGACUGGCACUGCUCUGGUUCACAUUGAAGUCUUAGACAUCAAUGAUAACGCCCCCGAGUUUGCAAAGCGGUUUUAUGAGGUGCAAGUUCCGGAAAACAGCCCUAUUGGAUUUCUGGUUGCCAUAGUCUCUGCUAGCGAUUUGGACAUUGGAACCUAUGGAGAAGUAUCUUAUGUAUUUUCCCAAGCCUCUGAAGAGAUUCGCAAAACUUUUCAAAUAAAUGCAAAGUCAGGAGAACUCUUUUUAACAAAGAAACUGGAUUUUGAAUCCACUCAGACUUACACAUUAAAUAUUCAGGCGACAGACGGUGGAGGCCUUUCUGGAAGUUGCGUGGUGUUUGUCCAAGUGAUGGAUUUGAAUGACAACCCUCCGGAACUGACUAUGUCAACAUUUAUCGAUCACAUCCCAGAAAACUUGCAGGAGACCAUAAUUGCUGUAUUCAGGGUUUCAGAUUCUGACUCGGGAGACAAUGGAAGAACGGUUUGUUCCAUUCAAGAUGAUCUUCCUUUCUUCCUUAAACCUUCCGUUGAGAAUUUUUACACCCUCGUGACAAACACAGCUCUGGACCGAGAG